CUAAUUAGGUACCAUUAGGUGCCAUUGGUUUAUGCUGACUCCACAUAUCCGAAUAUAAAACGAUAUAUUGACAAUCAGUGCCAGCGCUCUCUUUACCUUAACAAUAUUUGGAUAAUUACUUGUUUGCGAAAACCGCCUUUCAGCGAUCAUAACAAUCUUAAUAGGACAGCGGAGAACUACGCCAGCGGUGUUUCCAGAAGAAAGUAAUGACAAAAACAAUGAAUAGUUUUCUCGAUAGUUACGUUAAAAAUACAAAAUAAAAACAUUAGUGACAUUGAUUACUGUGGAAAAGUUGUUAUAGAAAACAGAAUGGAGACAACAUCACUUCCUUAUUAUGAAUAUGAUGGAAAUUUUACUUACUAUGAAACACCUGCAAUCCCGUUAUUAAAACAACCUGCUCAUUUAAUUGCAGUGUUUUCAGUGGCAUAUGGAUUGGUUUUUAUAUCCGGAUUAAUUGGGAAUAUUUUUGUGAUAGCCGUGAUAAUAAGGGAGCCUAGCAUGAGAAAUGUAACAAACUACUUUAUUCUAAAUUUAGCUGUAGCGGAUAUCCUGGUAACGUUUUUAUGUGUGCCUAUCACAUUAUUCACAAACAUAUUUACAGGUUGGAGAUACGGUGCUUUUCUCUGCAAAAUCACACCCUAUGUUCAGAGUGUUGUACAAUGCGCCUCUGUAAAUACUCUUGCAGCGAUCGCAUUUGACAGGUACCUAGCGAUUUGCUACACCAGACAUUCCAAAAUAUCGGCAUGUGCUUCUCGGACGACAAUAGCUUCUAUAUGGAUAUUUGCGGCCUCGAUCAUGAUUCCUCUUUUAGUAUUCUAUCAGAAAUAUAUGCAUCCAGACUAUCAUGAUGUACCGAUGUGUCAUCAGUUGUGGCCAAAUUUUGAUCUUCAAAGAGGGUAUUUUCUCAUAGCUUUGUUCUGUGUGUGUUACGUUUUACCUCUCAUUAUGAUCUUGUUGUGUUACGUCCUAAUUGCUGUCAAAGUCUGGAAAAGAAAUGCGCCUGGCGUUCAAACAAAUGGAAGACUGAUUAUCUACAAAUCUAAAGUGAAGGUUUUAAAAAUGUUGGCAGUAAUUGUGAUUCUGUUUGCAUUCUCCUGGCUUCCUUUGUACGCAGUGUACCUAAAGGUUUACUUUGGAGCAGAAGAUUUAACAGAAAACGAUCGCAAGAUUAUAUUCGAAAUAGUGGUGCCAUUCGCACAAUGGCUUGGUGCAUCAAACUGUGGAAUGAAUCCAAUAAUAUACUGCUUCUUCAGCAAAAAGUAUCGAAGAGGUUUUAAAAAGCUCCUCUAUUGCAGAUUUCAGACUCUGGCAUUCAGAAGGCACAGUAGAACUACUCGUUCUUUAAGCACUAGAUACAUAAAUGUAGACAAUUCUAGCGGAAAUCAAAUGGACACAAAGACUGGUCACAAUAAAGAAAACAAAGUUUCAAGUAACAAAUACAUGGUGGUCGCUUUUAACAACGGGAGAAUGACAGUGUCGUUCAGGAAAGAAAAUGCCUCUGACGAUUCAAGUUUUUAGGUUUUGAUUUACAGGUUUAGACAUCUGUAUUUAAGCAUGUAUAAAGGGAUAUUGACUGAGCUAUCUAAGCCAAUGCUUAUACCGAUGUCAACUUAUCUAAAUAUUUGUGUUGAUAUAAUUCCACUCUUAAUAGAUAUGAAAUAUAAAUAUGGAAUGUAUAUAUUAUAUAUGAUGCAGGACGUCAUUAAAAUUUAUUAUAACAUCGUA